AUGAAAUAUCAUGCAGGCCCAACAACAGUCUGGAGUUUGGGUGCCGUGCUAUACUCAAUGGUGACCGGAAAUCAGACUGGAUUUGACAGAAUGAUAGCCAAUGUGACGAUUGAUCACACAUUAUCCAGAGAAUGCCAGGAUUUGAUAAACCGGUGCCUGACUCGUGAUCCUGCAGAGAGAGCAACUUUAGAGGAGAUCUUACAGCAUGAAUGGUUUCAACAGGGACAAAUGUCAGGAGUAGCUCAGGAGUCAGGUAGUGUAACAUAGG